AUGAAAUUCAAGCCUUUUAUCUUCAUGUUCUUUCUCUGUGCAAUAUUUCUCAUUUCUGUUGUGGCAAUAAGGCCAUUCAAAUCUGGUGCAAUUGAAGAAUCCAAAACAAAAGGCUUGGGUAGAGGACAUAGUGAUGAUGUAGAUUGGGUAGGUUCAGGAACAUGGGGAGGUUGGGGAGGACCAAGAGAAGAACGUGUAGAAGGACAUGAAGGAGGUUCAGAAGAAGGUGGAAACGAAGAAUCUGGCUGGGGAGGAGAAGGACCAAGAGAUGAAGGUGGAGAAAGACGUGAAGGAGGUUCAGAAGAAGGUGGAAAUGAAGGAUCUGGUUGGGGAGGAGAAGAAAACGAAGGGUCUGGUUGGGGAGGAGGAAAUGAAGGACCUGAAGAAGACGGAAGCGUUGAAAAUGGAGAUCGUCAGGAGUACCCAUGA